AUGUAUUCAGAAGAAGUUCUAAGUCGCGUUCAAGAUCAAUGGAUGGAAGAUAUCAGAAAAAAUCCAGCAUUCUUAAUGACCAACAAUUCAAAACCAAUGGCUGAACUCUCACCACCUCGAUUGUCAUGUGACGAUGUUCACCGCUUUAAUCAUCUAAAUGCAGAAUAUGAAAGAUUUCUUUCUUCGAUUGGAGCACCAAAUUAUGCACCUGAAAUAUCACCAAUGAAAACAAAAGUCAGUACAUCGAGAAAGUCAUUUGGAAAUCAACUGGAAGCAGAAAACUACCCACCAAUUAGCCACUUGACACCAUCUGCAAAUUUUGUUCCAUUCUUAUCAGGUAGAAAGUUAUAUAAUAUUUCUGUCGCCGGUAAUCAUGAAGAUUCUGAUGACUGGAAAGUCGAGGAAUCUGUUGAACAUAUGCAAUAUUUGAAACAUUAA